AGUUUUGUCGACGAAGUGUCUUCUAGAUUUGGUAGAUCAAGAUCUACGAAACUUCUAGUACUCUCUGCAAUUAUUUUACAAAUUUUGAUUUUCAAGGCCAAAGUCGCCAACUACCUGUUUCUCGUGCUAAAAAUCAAUGAACUCAAAUUUUUGUUGAACUAGAACUUGCACUUGCUGUUGCUCCUGCGGACAAAGUUUUCUUGCGUAUCAAGAAGAGGAGGUUUUGGUUUAUUUUACAGUAUACAUUUUCCGCCUUACCUUCUUCGACCGCUGGCUACAAACAAGCUCCUCUGCCGCACACAUUUUCCGAUUUUUACCAGUUGAUCUUGCAUCGUCAUCUGCUUGGACACGGCCGUAACGACAAGCAGUGACUACAGGAUCCAGCACUACUUUCAUCUUCAGCACCUCUGGACGGUUCCUGUCCUGUCCGCAGCCGCGAGGGCAUCAAGACAAGUUGCGCAGUACUGCGGCUCCAGCACGGCAAGUAGAAUCCGCCAGCACCAUGCCAGCGGCAUCCUCGUCUUCUUCCUCCGCGCUGGUGCCACCAGCAGGAGCAGGUGGGUUUGUGCCCAGAUCAGUGAAAGUCAAAAGAAUUGCCGCGGAGGACGAUCAUGAAAGUUACCUCAAAGUCGGGGACGAGAUACGCUGCAAAAACCACAACGGGAAAAUUUCCAAGGCCGUGGUGAUCUCCGUGAACCCUCUGACAGUCGAAGUGAAAACGAACGAAUCUUCGUACAAUAUCCUGAGUAAAAACGUACCCACACCAGAGUCAGGAUGGGGAAUCUGCUAGACAAAUCAGCCAGCUUUGGUUGUUUGGCAUGAGAACUUUGUCCGCGUAGUGUAGUGCUGUUUGAGCUAGUUUAGCAGCAUUACAGAUCUAGUAUCUCGUGCUGAUUGGAGCAUGACAAAUUUCAAAACCGCACUAGAAAAUGCUUCUCAUGGGGCUCCGCAUGAGAAACAUUUGAAGCAUGCAGAGUUGCAUGACAACUAUGGUGUGGGUACGUUUUUACUCAGGAUAUACAAGAAAAUGUUGUUGGACGAAGAUGAGGACGAGGAAGGGGAUAUCCUGAGCAAAAAUGUCCCCACCCCAUAGUCAAGUUGGUAAAUCUGCAACACAAAUCCACAAGUUUUGGGAGUUGUGCAUGACAAGCUUCCAUCUGCAGUGUAGUGGUGGUUAGCAAGGGAAGCCGCAUGACAAAGCAACUUUCUCAUCCUGUCUACAGCAUGACAUAUGCCAAAACACGACUGGAAAUGCAAAUGCCUCUCAUGGAGAUGCGCAUUACAAAUGUUCCGGUCAUUGUUUGCGCAUUUGCUUUUGCAUGACAACUCCUGGGUGUAGGGGACGUUUUUACUCAGGAUAGGGAAAUUUUUGAAGAUGGACUUACUGGACGACGUGGGAAAAGAUUCCAACUCCGACAACGACCUCCCGGGGGACGAAGGAUUUUUGGAAGCGUACGGGAAACGGAAACAGAACAACAUCUUCCAACCAAUCCGCGGCUCGAAGAUCCUCCGCGACGUCAGUAAGCAAAUGACCAAGGAGAAGUUUUUAAAGCACGCGGCGCCACUUCAGAUAUCAAUAAACGGGGAGGAUUUUCUUGCGGACGCCAGGGAAUUUAAUUCCCACGAAGAAGGGAGGACGGUCGGAAAUGCGGGGUGGCACGGAGACAUUCCGAACAACGAGUGUAGGAAAUGAGGAAAGCGGGACGACGAUCGUUGGGGCAGGGUGUGGGUAAGUCAAAAGGCCUAUAACGAGCACGCAUUUUUGCACGGUGUCCAAAACUGCAUCUAAUGUAAUGAGCAAACAUGCAAAGUGCAUUCCACAGCUUAUGCCUGCUAGGCGCAAGCUCCUCAAAAUAAAUGCUACGCCCUGCCUCCAUGUCGUCCGCCCUUGCGCCCGUUUUCCCAUCGAUAACACUCGAAGUGGAAGUCGCAGGCGUGAAGAUGAAUGCGGCAGUAAAUGUCAACAUCGUGGUGUACAAGUCGUACGAGUGGAAGAUCACCCAGGUAAUUACUUGACUGGCCCAGCUGGAGCGGGGCUCUAAUAUUACUUGAUUAGUCUGCAACUGCACCUUGUCACUCUCGCUUCCAUUUCUAUGCCGCCAAUAAUUUCGCCUCUUUGAGUGUGUCAUCAAGCUGGGAGCUGCAGCCUCGAUUGUUAGGUGAGGGGACGCAAUUGCACCUAUGCGUAGUUAGUAGUAGAUGAAAAUUAAAACGAACUCAUACUGCAAAUCCACCACAGGAAUCCUGGGUCGAGUUGUUUUUGCGAUCCAUCCCGCGAUUGAAAUUCGAAAGCGGAAGCCAGGAGGGGAAGGGGCUCGUGUGGUUGGAGCCCGACUACUCGAUUGUCGCCGAGGACCACAAGAAAUUGGUGGAGUUGAUGCGGAUUCACAACGGCGGGAAAAAGUUCUGGACGGCGACGAUGGUGGCAAACUUUCUCCAGGACGACGCGGUGGCAAGGAUCGCGAAAGCAAACGGGAAACCCAUGCCGGUACAUAAAAGCUUUUUUAGUGCAAGCAAGCACUUUGUGUUUGUCACUUCCUUUUUUGUCUUUUUGAUCUUCGCAUGGAAUCAUGCUUCCUCGGAUUAUUGCCGAGAUUUAUGAAUUAGUAAGAGUGGUGAGCACAAACAGGAUCAUCACAACACCCAUGUUAUACAACUACAGCAACGGUCCCACGUCACGUCGCUGAUGACGAAAUGCGGAGGGGAGAAAGAUGCAAAAGGCAAUUGGAAGGGCGUGCGCAACACUAUGCAAAGAAAAGGAUAAUAGACUGCCCACGCGUGGUGCGUGCGUGGCCGAGCAGCACUGUUUUCUUGUAAUUGUUGAAGCGAGUAGUUGGCGCCGCUGGCACAUUCUUGUGCUUGUUCUGCAGACAAUAUCUUGUUCUCCUGUGUUCUUGUAAAUCAAUCUCAAUUAUGUACGCUCGGGGCGCUCCCCGGAGGUGUAGGAAAUUCAUCUCCUCCAGACGAAGUCCACUCACAACCACAUCACGCGUGGGCAGUUAUUUUUCGCAUCCAUACCCGAUAAUGCUCCGGGAAGUUCCGGGAUGCAGAAGUCCUUGUGCGAGAUGCUGCUCCAGCCGCGUUUGACCGAAGCCGAGCUGCGCCGUCGCAACGAAUACUGGGAAUCCCUGAAGAAGGAGUUGGACGACGAGGGGCACGAGCGAUUCGGGGGCAAGUCCGUCAAGAAGACGAAGAAGUUUUACUGGUGCGCGAAAAAGCAGGAGCUGGUGGAUGAUCCGGAAGAGGCUGAGGAAGAAGAAGAGGAAGAGGAGGAGGUAUGCUUAUUGACUACGGUUUAUUUUCUUCACUCAGGAUUUUUCAUCGGCAUAACCGCCGUUAAAGUGUAUGAAUGUCUGUAGUGUAAGAAAGUACUUCAAAUUAUGCUUUUGCGUGAGCAAGUGCAAGUGCGGACUUUCGUGCUGCGUUGCAAAUCUUCGAUCGAAAAUUACGACUAGGACGACGAGAAGUUGAUGCUGGAGGACGAAGAAGACUCCCUGGCGGGGUUAUCCCCGGGGGCGCGGUUUGA